CUUCUUUACACGCUAAGUGAUUUCUUGAUGCUGCCAAAUCUUCGUACGCUACACAUUCGUGAGUCAUUGGCCCCGUUCGAGGUACCACCGUUGGAUCAGAUUUGCGCUCCCAUCCAAGACCUUCGUAUCUGCACCCAUCGGAUUCGUGCUCGUCAUCUGCUGGCAAUAUGCCGUGCUCUCGCUACUACAGUGCGACGCCUUGAACUACUACUUACAGUAAUCGUACCGGAAGGAGCUGGCACAGCUGAAGUUCGUCAUUUAUCCCUGUUGUACUAA